AUGUACCAUUACUACCAUGUUGCAGGCUAUGCUGACCAGGAUGUUCCCAGAGGCACUGAUUUCAUUGUCGCCACUGAUGGCAAUUUCAGCCAAUGCCACAGAAAAGAUGCAGGCGAUUGUCCUGAGUUCUACAGGCCAGAAUGCUUUCUUACCAAGGCAUAUGUCGACAAUGUUGGAAAACACAUCACGGAGGCGCAGGGCCAGCCUCCCUGA